AUGAAAGUUUUUGCUGCUUUUAUUUUUCUAAUUCUAUUUCCAUGUUAUUUCUGUUCAUUUACAUGUGACAAGAUAUGUACAAAAAAUCAAGUUUACUCAUCGAAAGUUUCACAAUGUCAGAAUACUUGUUGGAAUCGUAAAUUUAAUGAGACAUCAAAGUGUCAAACUUCUCCUGGGUGUGUAUGCAAGAAUGGUUUUUUGAGACAUCCAGAUACGUAUGAAUGCGUUUCAGAACAUCUUUGUCCAAAGCAAACAAAUCAUGCACAAUGCGGUAAAAAUGAAGUUUAUCUAAUUUGCACUAGUAACUUUAUUGGAUGCGAGAAGACGUGUGACACAAGAAAAGAAGAUUCUAAGAAAUGUUUGUGUAAGAGUGGUUGUACGUGCAAGAAUGGAUAUAAAAGGAGCUCUGUGACAUUUCAAUGCAUCCCUUUUGCAGAAUGUGAAACCUGUCCAUCCGGUUAUAAAUAUGAUACAAGCACAAAGAAGUGUACAAUAAAUUGUGCGGAGAAUGUUUAUGCUUGCCCAAAAAAUCAAACAUUUAUGCAGUGUGGAUCUAAAUGUAGAGAAUCUAAGUGUCUAUCGCACAAAAAUGAAAGCUUAAGUGUUUGCACUCAAGAAUGCAUAGCAGGAUGCUAUUGUGAUAACAGAAAAGGAUACAAAAGGGAUUUAGUCACAAACAAAUGUGUUUUAUCGACUGACUGUUCACAAUGUCCUGAAAAUGAGAAAAUUGAGUGUGGAAACCCAUUAUGUGUACAAACGUGUGCAACAAUUGAUGAAAAAUGCACAAAGUUUCCUAUUCGCUGUGAAUAUAAAUGUUAUUGCAUUGAUGGUUUUAUAAGAGCUUUUGAAGACAGCCAAUGCGUCAGCAGAAGACAAUGUCCGAUUAUCAAUAAAGAGAAUUAA